GAGCGAACCGCAUCUCGAGGCUGUAGCACGGGAUAACCCGCAACAGUUGAGACCCACCAGUGAAGUGUCGUACUUUUAUACUUCGUACGAAGUACCUUUUACGAGUGAUAUUCGGGGUGACGUCGGUCGCCCCUCGAUGCAGAAGGGGGACUGAGCCUCUGAGAUGGCAGGCGGGGCAGGACUCCCUCGACAGGCUCCCUCUUCAAGCUGCACUUCCAGUUCGAAUGCGUCAACCCCCCUUUAAAUUCUUUCUCUCUCUAACGAACUCUUGUUUCCGUCCUACUUUACUGGUACGUAUUGCCAGCCAGCGUUAUCGUGUUGUUUCCAGCUUCUCCAGACAACUAUUCGAUUCAUCUGCAAAUUUCAAGGCGCAACGAACCGGCUUCACCAUGACAACUUAUCAGGCCCAAUCCCCGGCCCUGUUCCUCAGCUAUCAACCCGACGAGCAUGCACCCGACGGUACAAAUGCCUUCGACUCGAUUAAAAGCUUCCUCGAGCCGGGGUCUACAGCGACGGCCGAGGCGACCGGUUCCUCUAUCCUGUCUAAACUGCCGGCAGGUCCUGCCCCUGCUGAUGGAUCCGAUGCGCUUUGGUCGCUUUACAACGUCCUCAUUGGCAUCGCCAAACAAAUACCGCACGAUCACCCUGCGUUGGUCAAGCUGGUUCGUGUGGUCGACCGCCUAGGUCGUUCUCCGAAGACGACUGUCACACAGCAGGGAAGCGACAACGAGGAGACGCUGAGGCCACUCCACACGUUUGGUUGGAGCCUCCGUGACAUUUUUGCCCCACCCGAAUUCAGACCCAACACACCAUCUGACGCAGAGAAGGACGCCUACCUGAGCACACAGGCAUUCAUGGCCUUACUGUGGAGCGGGGGCCUUGUCGAGGGGUGGAAUUUCGCGCUGUGGCAGUUACGCUCGGCCCUCGAAGAGGAGGUAGAGCAGCCGGAAGAGGAGAAGCUGCUCGUGGCUGCUGCGGCACUGUGUGUAAUCCAUGCCGGGCCGCAGAUCUGGCAGCUGGUCGUCGAUCCGCCGGAGUAUACCGGUCCAGACAAUCAGAGUCAUCGGCCGGGAAGCCGGUUUGAUGGCCCCGGAGGUUACAACUUCAAGCGAUGGGAGUUUUGGCUCGGCGCAUUUGAGGGCCAGGCGGAGGGGGAAGACUUGAGCUGCAGGCUUUCGAAGAGGGCAGUUGCAGUGAUGAAAGGGCUGGGAGGGGAUGUUUAAUCGUUAUCUGACCCCGCUCAUGAUGAUGUUUGGUGGGAAUGGUCUCUAGCGGGCUUCAACGCCAGGAAAUAGACGCCUUGAGGUGGCUGAUAUGACCAUGAUUCGCCAUGAAUCGACUCGGGUGCAUUCGUCCCAAUUGCGAGACAGAUAAGGUGCUUCUCAGCUGGUCCCGUAAGAAAGAUGGAAUGAAAAAGAAAGAAUAUAAAACCAUUCGUGAC